AUGACAUCACGCUUUUCAGGGCUGCUGCUGUGCGAGAGUCUAGUUCAAGCGUGCGUGCGUUGCCUCUUUGAGCGUCUCCCAAGCUUUGAACGAGUUCAGGGUCCAUUGAGCUUGAGUCAGGUAGAAACGCUCAAAGAUAGAAUCUACUCGGUUGCCUGCUCGAAACUUGUCCUUCCAAUAAAAGGAGUCUGGAGUGAAGCUCCAACUCAGACCAUCUUCAUCACCACCUCGACGUCCUCAAGAACCUUGAUCUCUUCCACUCGGCACCACCUUCGACAACUUGACGAACAACAAGCAAGCACGCUCAGCAUCAACCACUCGCACCUCUUCUCAUCGCCAUCGUCAUCGCCACCAUCAUCAAGUAUGUUCCACGCAUCCAACACCCGCCUCAACGCCGCCGGUCUUGCACCCGAGCACUCGAAGCUGCUUCCAGAGCGACAGCCCAUGCACGACGAAGCUAACCUCCUCGAAUCCCUCCGACAACUCUACACAUCUGCCACACCCAGCGAUGAGUGCUUCUCCAUCUUUGCCAACGAGGCCAUCCUCACGCUCCCCACUGGCGACGUAGUGGUGGGACCCAGCAAUAUCAAGGCAAAGUUCGCCCAGGUGCUCGCACCCUUCACCCAGCGCAGCCUGCGUCAGCGUCUGCUCGUGACACCCGAGUCGCUGCCCCACCGUACCAUCGUGCUCGACCACAUGCUCAGCCUCUCCUCCGACGACGGCGUCACCGUCAAGAACGUCCACUCGCUCGUCGUCCUCAAGCGCAAAGCCCAAGACGGCAAGAUCUCGGCACUGACCGAAGAGGAAGGUCACCGCAAAGCAACAGCACCGCUGGCAGCACGUGCUGCAGCAGCCAACAGCUUCUACUCGCCUACAGAUGCACAGUUGAGCCCCGUGACGUCCAAACUCAACCUCGCCAAGAAGAAGCACCACAUGAAGGCGAAGCCCACAGCACUCUUCGCCAACAGGUCCGGUUUGAGACAGGCCAUCAUCCCUGGCUCACCGGCUCCGAGCACCGGCAGCAACGCCGACAUGGACUUCUAA